UCUUAGGUUAGGUUUGACCCAUAUGGGUGGACGAAUACUGGCUCUCGGCGAGACUUUGAAAAUAUCUCCACGAAGCAAGAAGCCAGAGAAUACAUCUAUACAUAAUGUAGGCAAAAUGACUUGGACAUACCAGUUGACACGCUAUGUUCGAGAAGUACCGAAGUGCAGAGGCUUUGAAGGGCACAGACUUUGCGCCUGAAGCCUUGUCUUCCGAUGGGUAUAAGACAAGAGCAGCCCCUCCAGGCCACCAGGAAAUACUAAAUGGACGGCCUUCUGAGAGGGCUGUCAUACAUCUUGGUGAUGCACCAGAUGGAGGACUGACUGCAUGGCUGGUCGUUGUUGCUGCCAAUUUGCUUCUAUUUUCUACAUUUGGUUUAUCUAAUGCAUGGGGUGUCUUCCAAGCGUAUUACGAGGAAAAUUUACUACGUCACACUUCCCCUUCAACAAUAGCAUGGAUCGGUUCUACGCAGUACGCGCUCAUCUACCUUCCAGCGCUUGCGACGGGACGACUGUUUGACCUGGGAUACUUCAAGAUACCGUGCUUCACCUGUAGCUGCGUCAUUGUUGUGUGCACCUUCCUCAUCGCGGAAUGCACACAGUACUGGCAGUUCUUUCUCGUACAAGGUCUCGUUUUUGGAAUGUGUUGCGGAAUCAUAGUUGGCCCCGCGCUUGUCGUCGUCUCGCAUUGGUUCCACAAGAAACGUGGCCUUGCUUUGUCGCUUACUGCCAUUGGGGCGUCGUGUGGCAGCACCGUGUUCCCUGUAACGGCACAAAAAUUGAUUCCGUUGAUCGGAUUUAAAUGGACCGUCCGUGUAUUUGGGUUUAUUCUGAUCGCUACUCUAGGAGUGGGCAACAUAUUACUAAAACGGCGGCUUCCGCCCGUCAAUGUUCAUGGGGGACUCUUUAAUCUCAAAGUAUUCCGCAACAUGGCAUAUUCCAUAUAUUGCAUUUCUGGAAUAAUGGUAUUUUGGGGACUUUAUACAGAACUAACAUAUAUCUCCGUGAGCGCCAUUGCAAUUGGCGUUUCCAAAGACUUUUCAUUCUAUAUUCUCGCGAUCGCCAAUGCCUCAUCUACGUUUGGACGUGUGACGUCUGGCCUAAUGGCAGAUAAAGUCGGCGCACUCAACACCAUGGCAGCUUUCACUGCUGCUGCUGGAAUUGCAACAUUUGCCUGGCCAUUUGCUAGAAAUGAAACCCAGCUCAUUGUAAUAUCCUCCAUCUACGGCUUCUCCACAGGAGGAUAUGUAUCUCUAUUCACUAUAGUUGCCGUGGAAAUGGGAAAGAUUGAAGACGCUGGGCGCCGAGUGGGAAUGUUCAUGUCCAUUUCUGCCUUUGGAGCCAUUGCAGGUCCUCCAAUAUCAGGCGCCAUCAGUACUGCAUCAGGAGGGUUUGUCGAAGCCGGUUAUUAUGCAGGUAGCAUCAUUAUGUGUGCUGUGGUAUUGCUACUUUGGGCGCGAUACCUGCACCUCGAAAGUCUACAGGAGAAGUGUUGAUGAUCCAUUCAGUAAAACGAAUGACUCAGCCGUGUUAUGGAACAAAGGUUCCUUUACAAAAAGGGACCAUCGGCAUAAUUUAUAGAUGGUGCAGAGCACAACCGACGAUACUACGUGACAUAUUUAGUGUACUUAUAUGCAACUCACAAGGCAGUACAGUGGCUCACAAGCUUACUAUGUAGGGACUACUAUUAUUCAAGGACCUACUUAGCCACUGAGUACUGAACGGCGGAGUACUAGAUAAUUCUG